AUGUUGUCGAUUUUCCGGCGCCCGUCAUUUUCGGCGCGGUCCGGGCUCAAGCGUAGCGCUUUGCGCAUGGUUCGCAAAGCGGGAAGGAAGGCGCGUCGGGAGUCCGUGUGGCGCCCAGUGGCGGCUGGUAAGCGCUGGGGUAACCUGGAGUUGCGAGAGACGCCAGGCGGCCUGGGCUGGGUAGCCACCUGCGCGCUGAAGGAGAACGAGGUGCUGGAGCCCGGCGAGGCGCCGCUGGCAUGUUGGUCCACACCACCGGGCGCCGCAUCUGUGGAGGCCCGCGCCGCUGCGGCGGCCAGGGCCUUCCUGCUGCUGCCGGGGGGAUGCCGCCGGCGCCGCGCAUGGCUGCGCCUCUUCGGGGCGGAGGAGCAGAGCCUGGCCGCAGCCGCGCUUCGCGGCGCAGGCCGGGUGGCUUUGGAUGCUGAGGCGGAGGAGGCUGCCAAAGCCGCAGCGAUCGCUCACCUCAACGCCUUCUGCACGCUGGAGGGCGGCCUCGCCAUCUACGAGAAGUGCUCCAGGUUCAAUCACUCCUGCGCCCCCAACGCCGAGUACGGCCUCGCCGCGGGCCUCAUGAAGGUCCGCACCCUGCGGGAGGUGCAGCCGGGAGAAGAGGUCUGCUUCUCCUACCUGGGUAGCUGCUUGAUGUCGCGGGGGCCAAGGCAGCAGCUGUUGCGGUCUCGCUACCUCUUCACCUGCGGCUGCGCGCUGUGCAGUUCGCCGGUGGACGAGCUGGCGGGCUGGGCGUGUUGCGGCCGCAGGGUACUGCAGCAGUGCUGCUGCGGUCAGCGCUUGGAUGACAAGGCUGUCGAGCAGCUGGAGCGCGCGGUGGAAGGCUUGGAGGGCGAUGUCAGCGGUUUCCUGGAGGAGCUGCUGGAGAGGAGCAGGACGCUGCGUCUGGAUUUCCACGUGGUGACUGCUCGCAUCCACCUCCUCUCCUUGGAGUCGCGGGUGGAGCGGCAAGACUCGCUCGAGGAGGCCUGGGGCAACCUCGCGUUUCUGCGCGGCUGGUUCCUUGCUGACUGGAAUCCGCUGAGCCAUUGCUUCCUGAUGCACUUGUUCGAGCCCAUGCUGCAGAUGCUUGAGUACUUGGAAAGGCACCCCGCCGGCGCUCAGCGGAGCCGCCUCCGCACGUUGAGCAGAUGGCUGGGAAAAAGUCCGCGGGCGACCUCCGACUCCGCGCGGAAUGAGGUGCCGGUUUGUGAAAAGAAGGAUAUCAAGGCGAGCGAGGAGGAAGUGAAGGCCCUUCCCCUGGCGGCCGCCGGCCUCGCCGCCGUGGCCUUUGUGGGCCCGGUGGCCCGCAGCGCGCCGGCGCCGCGCGUGGCGCUCCGCGGCGCCCGGGAGAUGCCGGAGACCCAGGACGGUGAGCAGAGCCCGCUCCGCGUGGGGGGGGCCCUGCUGUCCAUGAUGGCGGCCUUUGCGCUGGCGCUGCUGCCGGUGCAGGAGGCCCAGGCCGCGAAGUCCGGCGGGCGCAUCGGCGGCUCGGCCAGCGCCGCGCGGGCCCGGCCGCCGCCGGCACGGGCGCCGGCCGCCGCCUCCAGCAGCAGGACUACAGUGAUCAACAAGACCACGGUGAUUGCCCCGCCGCCGGUCAUGGCCCCUGCGCCCGUGGCUAUCGGCAUGGCCCCGGUGGUCGUCGCGCCUGCGCCGAGCCUCGGCGAUGUGGUGGUCGGCAGCGUCAUCGGCGGCGCGAUCAACAACGCCAUGUACGGAGGCCACCACAGCAGCGGGCCCAGCACUUCCGACAGGAUGCUGGAGAACCAGCAGCGCCAGGACGAGCGUCAGAUGGACAAGCAGUCGAUGGAGAUCGAGCAGCUGAAGUCGGAGCUGGCGAACCUGAAGAAGUGA